AUGCAAUAUGCGACGCGUCACAGAAGACUGUCGAGCACUGCGCAGAGCAAUUUCGCGAUCCCAAAAUCGACGAUUGAGCCGGAUGAGAUAUUCAAGGCCAAAAGCAUGGAUGUUGUCUUCAUCCUUACCAGCGAUGAGUACCACACCCUCUACACGAUUGCAGCUAUACAAGCUGGAAAACAUUUUAUGCUAGAGAAAGUCAUGACAUUGUCACUGCCUUCGGCCAAGAAAACCAUAGAAGCCAAAAAGGCUGCAAAUGGACUUGAAGUCUUCGUUGCAUACAUGCGAUCUGGGCCCGGGACAUCGUUGAACCGAAUUCUCACUUUGUCAGCCAAUCAGGCACCUUUCCGCAGAAUUUCACAGACAAUCUGCCAAAAUCCAACAAUACCAGACUUUGCGACUGGCGAGACAGUGGGCUAUAUACCUCCAGACGAGGCAGCGGUCGAUGCUGCCUUCCAGAGAUCUGCGGCCGAGGUUGUAAAGUAUCCAGGUGUUCAAGCUGGCUACGAGUUGACGGAUCCUGUUCCUGAGAAUUCACCGCUACCAUUUGGUCAAUUAAUCGAGAAGUACGAUCUUGGUGCUCUUAGCGAAACAACGUUGGCAAACUUUGCGACAAAGGCUGCCAACGAGCUUGGCUCAGAUGCUCUACUGAGUACCACAAUCAUGACCAUGGACAGAUCCACCACCCCAGCAAGAGUACUCGUACAGACACUCUUGGGCCGGAAGCUGAUCCUUGCGAAGAAAAUUAUAUCUACUGUUCCGCACAACCUCAACAACCUCCCAGGCUUCGAUCUCUCCAGCCACGAAGAAUUCCACUUCGCCCAAUUCGACAAUAGCGCCUUUUAUACCGGCGUACUGCAAGACACAGGACUCCGCACCAAUACCUCAAUCCACGCCUUUGGCUCCAAUAAGCCCUACGGCAUCCCCGGCCUGCCAGGGAUCUACUCCCUUAAUCCCAAUGCCGCAAUAGACCUCUUCUAA